CAGGUCCGAGCCCUGGGAAUUUUAGGUCUGGGAAUGGCAUGGAAGCAGGUCCUUCAUGACUCCGGUUCCAGCACCGAGACCUCCCUUUUUCAUUGCUCAGGCCUGUUGCCAACGAUCUAGCUUUGGUCUCCUGUCAACCUUCACGAUGGCUCCCAAGAGGGGAACCCUCAAGGCUCCAGUUGCAGCUCCCGUGCAGAAGAAGCAGGCUCCGGUGAAGACCGUGAACCCUCUGUUUGAGAAGAGGCCGAAGCAGUUCGGCAUCGGAGGAGCUCUUCCGCCCAAGAGAGACCUUCACAGGUUUGUGAAAUGGCCCAAGUACGUGCGUAUCCAGCGCCAGCGACGCGUCUUGAACCAGCGUUUGAAGGUGCCUCCUGCUCUGAAUCAGUUCACGAAGACACUCGACAAGAACCUCGCCACGAGUUUGUUCAAGUUGCUGUUGAAGUACCGACCUGAGGACAAGGCUGCGAAGAAGGAGCGUCUGUUGAACAAGGCCAAGGCUGAGGCUGAGGGCAAGACUUUGGAGUCUAAGAAGCCCGUGGUUGCGAAAUACGGAAUCAACCACAUCACUUACCUGAUCGAGCAGAACAAGGCUCAACUUGUGGUUAUUGCCCACGACGUCGAUCCAAUUGAGUUGGUUGUGUGGCUGCCCGCGCUCUGCCGCAAGAUGGGAGUGCCUUACGCUAUUGUCAAGGGAAAAUCGCGUUUGGGACAGAUUGUGCAUGCUAAGACUGCCACAGCCCUGUGUUUGACUUCGGUGAAGAACGAGGACAAGCAUGAGUUCUCCAAGAUCAUCGAGUCUGUCAAGGCCAACUUCAACGAGAAAUACGACGAGUACAGGAGGCAUUGGGGUGGAGGUAUCAUGGGUGUUAAGUCACAAGCUAAGUCGAAGAUCAGGGAGCGUAUUCUUGCCAAGGAGGCUGCGCAGAGAGCUGCUUAGGCCUUGCAGGAUUCUCUGUUUAUCUGCUAACGUUGAGCUUGAGGCUUUCGCCAUGAGGACAUUCUCAUUGUAUUAAGUGGAAUAUGAAGUUACCAUCUAUUCUAGCCUCUUGAACGAA